AUGAGGCUACAGAAGCUGGAACAGCCUCCCCUUGGCCCAGGCCCCCUUUCACCCAUCCCUGUCUUCCUGUCGGGUUCCUGGCCGCCACACACCCUUUUGCCGCUCCCACAGCGGCGGCUGUUUGAGAAGAAGCAGCGACGGAAGCGCCAAGAGGCCCUCAUGGUUCGGGCCAAUCUGGAUGCUUUCCUGCGGCCCCGGCGACCAUGGUGGCGGGAGAAACGCCUCUCGGGAGACAGGGGCCCCAGGAACCCUUUUCUUCAGGAGAACGUGCCAGAGGCACAUCUGCGCCCUGUUAUCCACAGUGUCCUGGGCACUGUGAGCUGCUGUGGAGAUGGCAGUGGCGAGUGUGGCCCACUGGUAUCGCUGACAGAGGCAGACAGUUCCAAUCCGGAGUUGGAGGAAGUCUCUGUGGAGGAUGUUCUCACCUCUUCACCUCCUUAUGAAGAGCCUCCGGGGACUCGACGCAGGGGUUGGCCAGCCCGCCAACGACCUGGGGGCAGUGCUGAGGAUGAGAGUGAAUCCCAGGAUGUUGGAGAUGAAUACGAGGUGCCUAGUCCGAGACCAAACCCUGGAAUGGAUGGUGAUGGGGGCCAUGGAGACUUGGCCUCCAACAAGGGCGAAGACCUGGAAGAGCAGAAAGAGGAAUCGGAGUCUACCGUGAGGAACUCCCCAGGGGCGGCCGGCGAGGAGGUGUCCGAGGCCUCGGAAGGCACGGGUAGCACGGGCAGCAGCGAUGCAGGGAGCUCGCCCCGCUGGCCUCCCCGCGCCCCAGGCCCUUGGCCGGGCAGGAACAUGGAAGCGUAUGUGCUGAGGCCUGCGCGGUGCGGUUGCACGGUGCAGUGUUGCAUCAGACGUGACAAGCGCGGCGUAGACAAGGGCAUGUUCCCUUGCUACUAUCUCUACCUGGAGGUGCCCGACGGCCAGAAGUACUUCCUUUUGGCUGCGCGCAAGAGAAAAAGAAGCAAAACCUCUAAUUAUCUCAUCUCCCUGGACCCCACAGACCUAUCUCGGGAGGGAGACAACUUUGUGGGUAAAGUCAGAUCUAAUGUCUUGGGCACGAAGUUCUCCAUCUUCGACAAUGGGGUGAAUCCUGAAAAGAAGAAUUUCUUCCCAGAGACUACUCGGAUCAGGAAGGAGCUGGGGGCUGUGUGUUAUGAGACCAACGUCUUGGGAUUCCGAGGGCCUCGGAAAAUGACUGUAAUCAUUCCAGGAAUUGACGCCCAAAACCAGAGAAUUAGCGUCCAGCCACAAAAUGAACAGGAGUCGCUACUGAGUCGCCUCCAACGGGGUGCCACCCAGGGGCUGGCCCUGCUGCAAAAUAAAGCCCCAUCGUGGAGCGACGACAGCGGCACCUAUGUGCUCGAUUUUCAUGGUCGCGUCACCCGGGCCUCAGUCAAGAACUUCCAGAUCGUGCAUCCGGAUGACCCGAACUACGUGGUGCUCCAAUUCGGCCGCGUAGCCCCAGACGCGUUCACCAUGGACUUCUGCUUCCCACUUUGCCCUCUCCAAGCCUUCGCCAUCUGCUUGUCCAUUUUCAAUGGGAAGCUGGCGUGUGAGUAAUUCAAUGAAAUACUCCCAUCAGC